CAACAAUUUAAUUUGAAUGGGAGAGCCAACAUCAGGGCGAACAAAAAACAUUUCGACAAAACGAAUGUCCUAUGGAUAACAAGGGAGACUUGAAGAGCGGGCUUUGAUAUAAAUCAUCAUUAACAAUAAAUAAAGAUCACCAUUUGUAAUUUUGCACUUAUUUUUUGGAGGUGAUACUACUUUUUUGUCGGAGAAAAUUAUUUUCAAGCAUGUCAGAUGAUAAAAAGGAAACAAAGGGCGAGACAGAGCACAUUAAUCUGAAGGUUCUUGGUCAAGAUAGUGCAGUGGUUCAGUUCAAAAUUAAGAAACACACACCGCUCCGAAAAUUGAUGAGUGCCUACUGUGAUCGCGAGGGGUUGGCAAUUGCAGCAGUGAGAUUCAGAUUCGACGGACAGGCAAUUGAUGAGUCCGACACCCCUUCCAGUCUCGAGAUGGAGGAGGGUGACACUAUUGAAGUUUAUCAGCAACAAACAGGCGGCACGUGUUGAGUGCAAAGAUUAUUACUAUUAUAGAUACCUUUAAAUUUCAACUGUACGAACCGAUGACAUUGCUUCGUUAUUUUUAUGUCUCCCCCCUUUUUUUUAAUUGUUAUAUCCGAAUUUGAUAAGAAUGAAUACGUGAAGACAUUGCAAUGAGUCUGUUUCUAGAAUUAUUUUCAUCUUUUGACAGAUGAAUAUUAAUUUGUUGUCUACAAUUAUAAAAUCAAAAAUUACAUGAAUCCAUUUGGACGUUAAAACAUUUAUUAAUCAGACUAUAAAUGACCUCUGCAAGUACUUCCAUCUCUCCAAAAAUGUUGGCCCCCUAUCAGACUUAAUUUUUCAAGCCAUUUGAGAUUCCAUUAUUUUCCAGUUCAAAUUCAUAUUUUUUUAUAAUUUCCACAAAUAGUUUAUCAAGGCAAUGAACAUAAUGAUAAUGAUAAAUGUUCAAAGGAUAAGAAAAAUGUGAAAAUACAAAAAAAUUUUGUAUAGAAAUAUCUAACGUCCUAAUGUAAUAACAUAUA